CAAACAUUGGAGAUAAGUGCAAAUGUCUACCUCCAUUUAUUUAUUUCUCCAUCUCCGAGAGAGUGAAAUCAAUAAAAAUCCCUCGUGAGAAAUAAACUCCAAUUUUCAUCGAGAAAUCGUUGAAUCGUAUUCGCCAAUUAUUCCCCAGAAUAAUCCAAUUGUGUCAACAAAUUAAUUAUCAACAGCAUCAAUUGUUGCUCCAUUCCCAAAUGCCGAGAAAUGUCAUCACCCGUCGAGCCCUGACGGCUCGAUAAUUCCUGAAAUGAUGUAAUGAGACUCCCUGAAGAUGUUUGGCCUCCGGGGUAGAACCCUGCUUACGCUGAUCCUGAUUACAGCCCUGACCCUCUUGGCGUUGAUCUACCACAUGCUGUCAACCUGCAUGACAGCCCCGUCAACCCAAAAUCCCCAGAGUCAUCAGGACAGUCUGACAUCCGAGACAGCAGCUCCCUCGUAUCGUACCCAGGAUCGACAGAUCCCCAGGUCCCAUUCGACUCCCCUCUUCACUGGCCACAAAAUAGUUCACCUCGACCUGAAAGGUGCCCCUCCAGUCCUGGAGUACUACCACCACCUCUUCAAGCUAUUCAAGACCCUGGGAGCAACUGGUGUACUCCUGGAGUACGAGGACAUGUUUCCCUACGGAGAUUCCCUGCAGAACGUGACAGCCACGAAUGCCUACAGUCUCCAGGACAUCGACAGAAUCCAGGAAUCAGCCGGUGAUAAUAAUCUCAUGGUGAUUCCCCUGAUCCAGACAUUCGGUCACCUCGAGUUUCUCCUGAAGCUAGAGUACUUCAAGGAUCUCAGAGAGGUGUCACGUUAUCCCCAGGUGAUAUGUCCCACCAAUCCCCAGACCCUUCCCCUCCUCCAGCAGAUGAUUGAUCAGAUAAUUCAGCAUCAUCCUGGGAUUAAAUAUCUCCAUAUCGGGGCUGAUGAGGUGUACCACAUCGGCGAGUGCUCCAGGUGCAUCGACGAGAUAUCCAAGCACCAGUGGACAAAGCGACAGCUUUUUCUCUCUCACGUUCAGAAGAUCACGAGGUACAUCAGGAAGAACUAUCCCCACGUGAAGAUCCUCAUGUGGGAUGAUCAGUUCAGGGGGAUCAGCCCAUCGGAGAUCAUGGAGACUGGUCUUCAUAAGGCUGUCGAACCUGUUGUUUGGAAAUACACCAGAAAUCCAGCUGCUGCUCUUGAUAUCCAGUGGGAGGGCUACAGCAAGAUCUGGAAGAGUGUGUGGGUCGCCACUGCCUUCAAAGGAGCCACUGAACCCGACAGGUAUUGGACGGAUAUUAGUCAUCACCUGGAGAACCACCAGCGGUGGCUGGAGAUAAUGGAGCACUGGUCUGACCGGAUCAGCUUCAAGGGAGUGAUCCUGACAGGAUGGCAGAGGUAUGAUCACUUCAGCGUUCUCUGUGAACUCCUGGCGAGUGCUUUGCCCUCACUAGCAGUCAAUCUCGCUGUUCUACAAUCGAAAAGUCUCAAUGACUUCUUCGGGGAGGCACCUGCGGACGUGACACGCGCCCUCCAGUGCGAUGGCACCGUAUCCCUGACCAUUCCUGAGCCAAACUACGACUGGACCAAGUGCAGAUUCCCAGGGGUAGAGGUUUACACUGUGAUUCUAAGAUUAUUUGGAAUUAAUCAGGAGAUCCAGAGGAUGGAGGAGGAGAACACCUUCAAGGGCUGGCUCAAGGAUUAUAAUAUCAGGCAUGUCUUCUCUAAUCCUAGUUAUGUCGAGCAGGCUGUCGUGGACUUGGAUAGAUUCAAGAUGGAACUCGUUUAUAUCGAGGGGGAGAUGAAGAGGGCUAUGGAGGGGGUUUAUGAUGAAUUCACUUUUACUGAGUGGAUUGAGACUUUUGUUGUACCUUUGAAUGAGAAGGUGACCAGAUUGUGGGAGGCCAAGGAGAGGCUCCUCGAGAGGUCCAGCUGGCCCAGGAGACCCUUGAAAUCUGAACUCUGAAUUUUUGGAAAUUCUCUGGAGAAUUCCAACGUUUUUUAUCAGUCUUUUUUCUUCAGAAGUCGCAGGUUAAUAUCUGAUGAAGUGAUUUUUUUGUUUUAAUUAGAACAAUUAUAAUCGGGGAGAAUUCCAGUAAUCCUUUGUCCUCAGUAAUUGUUUAAUAUUUUAUUUAGUUUGUUGAAUUUUUUUCGGUUGCAUUUGUUGUUUGCAAUAUAUGAAAAAAAUUAUUUCAGAGUCUUCCAAUUACUCUGGAGCUUUCGUAAUCGCACAGUUGAGAGAUUAUUCAUAUGUUAAUUAAUGAUUGUUAUUCUGGAAUUACUAGUUCGAGGUUUAAGAUUUUUUUUCGAUUUAUGGGAGAUGUCACUGUAAUUAUGUACAAAUAGAUAAUUAAUCGAGAAUUAGAUUUAUUAGGAAACAUGAUCUUCCGUCAGAAAAUUCCAGAUUUUGUAAUUACCUCGGCUAAUUACUGAUUAUUUUUACCAUGAUGAAAUAAUUAAAUGAUAAUGUCAAUUCGAAAAGAGAAAGUCAUAAUUUUGUAAUUGCAAAAUUAUUUCUCCCUUCAGACGCCAUUGCUGCAUAUCAAAUUAAUUUUGAGAAUA